GGCGGGGUCCUGUUGCUGCAGCAGUCCGACUACAUGAUGGGUCCAGGAUUCGAAGAGCAGUGGGCCUCGUCCAAAUAUUGAUGUAAACCUUGACUGAGCUCAGGUCACAGGCACCCCAACCCGUGCUGGGCAAGAUCCUGACGAAGCCUUGGUCGGACGAGACCGAGCUUCAGCCAGACCAGGCAAGGCGGGAGCUAGGCCGGCAUCUCAGUCUGAUUCUCGGGACCGGACCAGUGCAAGCGAGGCGAGAUGAGUAAAGAAGGUAGAUUUCGAAAGCGAAAGCAUGACAAUGUGCAGCCUCGUAACCGAAAAGAGGAGGGACAAAGUAAAGUAAACCCAUUGUCACCAGUGCUGUUAUCUUUUGAGUCUUUUCAAAAGGAACUUGAUGCAAAGCAUGAUAAAUAUGAGAGACUCGUAAAACUCAGUCGGGAUGUUACCAUUGAAAGCAAGCGCACUAUUUUUCUUCUGCACAGGGUAAUCAGUGUCAGUGAUGUUGGUGAAUUACUUAGUGAAUCUGAGACCAAGUUCGGUGAUAUUAGAUCAAAGAUUCAGCAAAUAGCUCAAGAACUGAUUGGUGAAGACACAUGCCAAUUUCAUCGAGCAUUUUCUCCAGGUUUACAGGAAUAUGUGGAAGCUGUUUCAUUUCAACACUUCAUAAAAACUCGAACCCUGAUUAGCCUUGAUGAGAUUAAUAAGCAAUUAAUCUUCACUCCAAAGACAGAGGAAGCAGAACAUUCUGAGGACUCAACCUUGUCUUGUUCACAAGAUCAGAAACAAGAACAGCAACCUCUCUCUCUGCAAGUGACUCCCACAGACUACCUCUUGGGCAUUGCAGAUUUGACUGGUGAAUUGAUGCGUUUGUGUAUCACCAGUGUAGGAAAUGGAGAUAUUGAAACACCCUUUGAAGUGAGCCAGUUUCUACGUGCUAUCUAUGAUGGGUUUACUUACAUAGGCAAUACUGGACCGUAUGAAGUUUCCAAGAAGCAUUACACAUUAAAACAAAGUCUAGGAAAAGUGGAAGAUGCCUGUUACAUGUUGACUGUGAGGGGCUCUGAAGUUCCAAAACAUGUGCUUGCUGAUGUUCUGAGCUCAAAACCAUCCAUGAUUGAACAUGAGGAAGGUGUGUAGUUAAUGAGAUAUCAAGUGAAAAUGUUUUGGUCUGUUGAUAUAUGCAAGUUAGUUCUUUAGCUUAAUAUAAUAUGAAUGUAGUAAUAUGAAUUUGUUUCACAUGAAUUGCAACCAUUGUCAUUAAAUGUGUUGGUAUUUCUUGAAAAUAUAUUUGGUUGUAAUCUGUGCACAGGAUAAUGGGGAGUUUUUUUCUCGAGAUUUCAGCCAAAAGUUUAAUGUGAUGUUUGAAGCAGAAUUUUUAUACUGUCACAUGCCGCUCAUGUUUAAAAUACGAGUAGAAGUAUUUUCAGUAAAAAAAAUUCUGUAUCUAUGAAUAUGACAGAACAGUAUUGUUUCUUUCGAUAGAUCAUUCAUUAAUAACCUAAUUUUAUCCAAUUUGUAAAGUUUCACCACUGUAACCUAGUUGCCUUAUUGAAUGCUUUCAUUUUAAAUGCUACAGCCUUUUAUGUUUCUGAGGAGUGGAUUUUUAUUCAUAACUAGAAAUUCCACCCUACUGCUAAAGGUUAAUUUCUGCUGAAAGGACUUCCAUUGUUUGUGCCCACAGAAUGUAUUCUAUGCAUUUUUUGCUUUCUAUAUCCUAAUUAAAAUUGUAAUAAUUGGUGUUUGGGCCAAUCUGCUGAUAAAACAGUUACAUUAUUUGGACCAGAUGGCUGCAAACUGCACCCUUGAGAUAAAACUAAACUAAGGUAAUUAUAUUUCUGGGUUUGAACUUCUUUCUGUAUAAAGGAUGGAUUUAACUUGAAUUGUCAAUGUCAAUGUAUAACAGUUUAAUUUAGAAUAUUUUUGCAGGAAAUUGUUCUUCCACACUUUGUGUACUUAUUUACCCAAAAAUAAAUUCCAUUGAAA